AUCCCGCGUCACGAAAACGCCGCACCGGCUCGGUCCCGCCGGUAUAUAAGGCCCGCUGCACUCGAAAUGAAAUCAGUCUCCGAUAUGUUGCGUCCAUUGCAUUUCGUAUUCCUCAUCGCGGCGUUUGCCGUCCUCGCCGCCGCUGUGGAGAACGAAGCUCCAGCAAAUGUGCCGAGUGAGGUCGAACCGCAACCAAAUGCGAACGAUCUAGAAGCGGAUGCUACGUACUGGGGAUACUAUGGACGACCAUAUUAUAAAUACGGUGGCUGGGGAGGCUACGGAGGCCGAGGAUAUGGAGGUUGGGGAGGAUGGGGCCGAGGCUGGGGAGGAUACGGUUUGGGAGGAUGGGGCCGAGGAGGCUGGGGUGGACGAGGAUACGGUGGUGGCUGGGGCUGGGGAUACUGGGGUUGACGUGUGAGCCUCGUGUUCUACCCGCGGGAUACUUUAUCGCUAUCAACAUAGCCCUUUGGCAAUUCGUAUGAAUUUUCUCUAAGAUACGCGAAGCUCGUUCGCGACGUUUUCAUUAGCUUUGUAAGUUUUCAUUGAAAUCUCUAUGUACAAGAAUAAAAAUAUGCGAAAAAAAAAACAAAAUAUGUGAAAAA